UUGUAUGAAAGGGUAUAAGCUAGAACCUAAUAAUGGCUGUUUAAAACUCAGCUGACGAUCAAGUGAAAAAUAUGUUACUCAAAUUCUAAAUAGUCAAACAAUUACACUGUAGUGUCACAAACGUUUUUACAAAAAGUGUUUUAGAAUUUUUACUUAUUCGUCACAUUUGUCACAGUUCGCAGAAUGUUUCGGUCGUUGCUACAAUGAAUAUUUAUAAAUCAUCCGAUCAUCUCGUACUGCUUGUGUCCGUCACAGCACCAUGAAAAUAUAAGAAAAAAAAAAUAUUUUGCGAAAAGGAAAAGUGUUUUAAAACAGAAAAACUUCGUGCGAAUUAUGAUUUACUGUGAUUAAUUGGAUCCCUGGAUGAUGAAGCAACUACAGUCUAUUUUAUAAUGUUUACGAGUGAAAAACGAUUGAUUUUUCGAUUAUUUUCUUCUGAAAUUUCAUAAUUUUUUUGAUUGUGACUGUGCAUUGUUUCACGCUUUGACCUUUGAAGAUUAAUCAGUCAAAUUUUCUACACCACACCAUAUAAAAGGAAAAAGAAAUCCGAAGGUUUUUCGUUUUAUUUUCUGUGCUGUGGAAAAAUAUAUAAAACGAGCAAACUGGAGCGACUCCCUGAGUACCUGCGAGAUACCGUGGACUGGUUUAUGGGAAAAGCUCGACGCAAAGAGAGAGAUGGAGACCAAAAUUCUGGCGAUGCAAAGUUAUAUCUAGAAGAGAAUGUACUUGAGCGUAAAUUACCAGAUGCAGAUCUUAAAAUGCUGGUUGAUCUACCAGCUGGGUUAGAUUAUAAUGAAUGGUUGGCAUCGCACACUCUAGCACUAUUCGAGCACGUCAAUUUGGUGUACGGAACUAUUAGCGAGUUUUGUACUACAUCCGGGUGUGCUGAUAUGACUGGACCGGGAAAUAGAACGUACUUAUGGUUUGACGAAAAGGGUAAAAAGACUCGCGUAGCUGCACCACAAUACAUCGAUUAUGUUAUGACAUUUACACAAAAAACCGUCAGCGACGAGUCAAUUUUCCCAACAAAAUACGCCAACGAAUUUCCCAGUUCAUUCGAAAGCAUUGCCCGAAAAAUCUUACGGUUACUGUUUCAUGUGAUUGCCCAUUUAUAUGCCGUACAUUUUCAAGAAAUUGCUCUACUAGGAUUGCAUUCGCAUUUAAACUUAACUUUCGCUCAUUUAACAGCUUUGCACAAGCGUUUCAAUUUAAUAGAAUCCAAAGAAACAGAUGUUUUACGUGAUUUAGAAAUCGCAUUGAGGCUAUCAGAUGACAAUGUUAGUGUUAGCUGUGACUCGAAUUCAUCUGGCCCGACAUCAUCAUCAACAAUAACUGCCGAUGAUCGCCACCUAACGAACUCAUCGAUCAUUGAUGGUGAUGCUACCAUGCUACCUAUAUGUACCCAGCCAGAGUCUGGCAUCCAACCGACAGCCGAUCAGUCAACGAUUCGAGGUGCUGGCGCCGGCUGUUCGCAACAGCAGCACAGCGAUAUGACAUAGUUGAUCUGUCGGAACGGUUUCGUUUUUAAUAUUAUAUAAAAGAAGAUAAAGAAGAAGAAAAUAUGGUUACAAUAGGUGGGUGUGGGGAUGUGGAGCACAAAACAUCUCUAGCUGAGCUGAUGAAUAUAAAUAUAAAUAUUAUGCGUUGCACUUUCACGCCAACCUCUGACCAAUGUGAUUUAAAUAUUAAUAGUAUACUAGAGAUGAUGAUGAAGAAAUAAAAAGAAAAUAAAAAACAAAAAAAAUAAUUAAAGAAAAUAAAAUAAUUAAUUUGAAUGAAAAGCAUAACCGUUUAUUAAAUAAUUUUAGAUUUAUUUUUAGAGUUUCAAUUAAAAAAGAAAAAAAAUGAUAAAAAAGCACACAAAAUAAUUGUUUCGUUACGUAAAAAAAGGAGAAAAAAAGAAAAAAAAAUUAAAUUAUAGCUAAGGAGACAAUAUUAAACACAAAUGAAAAAAAGAAGAAUUAAAAUAAACAAAAAAUGAAAAUAAAUUUAAAAACCUAAAAAAUUAUAUUAUUUGAAAAUAUAAAAUUAUGGGCUUGCAAAACAAACAAAAAAAUAAUUUAAAAAAAAUAUAAAAAUAAAAUAAAUUUAAAAAAACAUUUUAGCUUUUCUUUGGGAUUUUACAGUACAGAAAGAGAGAAAUAAUUACAAAAACUGCAACACACAUAUAUAAAAAUAUGUUCGUUUUCAUUUAAAAUCUAAAUUAUAUGUUAUCAAUGAUUGUGCCUAAAAUUCCCAGUCAGAUGUAUAGUGGUUGUUUCUAGUCUAAUUUAUAAUUUAAAUUUAAAAAAAGAAAAGAAAAGAAAAUGAAAAAUAAUGUUGACAAAAAUAAAAUAAUAUAUUCGAACGAUUUAUUUUGAGGUGAAAA